AUGUUGAUAAAGGAAUAUCGUAUUCUGUUACCUCUUACUGUCAACGAAUAUCGUAUCGCUCAACUUUAUAUGAUUCAGAAAAAAAGUCGACAAGAAAGUUCGGGCGAAGGUAGUGGUGUAGAAAUUAUCACUAACAAACCGUACAGCGAUGGUCCAGGUGGAUCUGGUCAAUACACAUUUAAAAUUUAUCAUAUCGGCAAUAAAAUCCCAGUCUGGUUACGCAGCGUACUACCAACAAAUGCACUGGAAGCACAUGAAGAGGCCUGGAAUGCAUAUCCUCAUACGAAAACACGUUAUUCAUCUCCAUUUUUGGAUCGUUUCAAUAUUGAAGUGGAGACGAAAUAUUACAAUGAUGCUGGUAAUCAAGAAAAUGUUUUCGAGCUUACCGGUGAUGAAUUGAAAAAUCGAAUUGUUGAUGUAAUGGAUUUUGUGAAUGAUGCGUUAUCAUCGUAUGAUUAUGUUCCUGAUGAAGAUCCGAAAUUAUAUCAUAGUAUAAAGACUGGUCGCGGGCCGCUGAAAGAAAAUUGGAUUGAUGACUGCAUCAAAAAUGGAAAACCUAUUAUGUGUGCCUAUAAACUUUGCAGAGUUGAAUUUCGAUUUUGGGGUUUGCAGACUCGCGCGGAACGUUGGAUACAUAAUCAUGCAUUGCGUAAUACAAUGCUAAGGGCUCAUAAGCAAGCGUGGGUAUGGCAAGAUGAAUGGCAUGAUCUUACACUUGAGGAUGUACGCGAAUUGGAGCGAGAUGCAGCAGAACAUUUAUCCAAAUUAAUGUCGCGAUCGUCCAUUUCUGUUUCUUCGUCGAUUUAUUUCGAUUGUGUGGAUGGUAAUCCUAUGAUAGAGGAUUCUCAGUCGCUGAUAAAAUGGAGUUCAGAGAUAUCGCUUCAUAGUGGUCACGAAACACUGUUAUCACCUAGACUUGAACAAGAUGUGAAGGUGGCAGCUAACACCACAUCUGAUGCUUCCUUGCUUGUGAUAGUGUUUUACGGUGAUAUUUUCUCAGAUGUUUCAACCGAUCAAAAUGUAUCAGAUCCGAAUUCUUUGCGUUUAACAAUGGAAAAACAGAUCUCAACAGAUUAUGAGCAUCUGAAAGGACAUGUUCAUUUUUUACAAGUAUCAUGUGGUCAAGAAUUCACCGAUACAGCCUUACAUUUGAUCUCAAUUACGCCUACAUACGGUCUUGUUCAUCCAUCACUGGCAUUACUUCUUUCUUCAUCGCAAUAUUAUUUUGAGGCUGUUCGGAAUACGUUACGCCGGGCUAAUGAAGCAUAUAAUCAAUUUAUGCAUUCCAAUGCUGGACGAAAUUUUAACGGCGAAAUAUUUGCCGUGGGUGAUUACUUGGGUGGAAUUUUGCUGCAUGAAUGUUUAAAACGUUCCGCAAAUCACUGCCAUAUGCAACAAUCACAUCAAAUUGUUUCUCGACAUUCCAGUAAUCUUUCCACUAAGUCUCAUAUUAUUGCAAACGAAAACAGACAAGAGUUUGGAGAAAAUGCGUGGAUGACAAAUGUAAAUAAGUUACAGCGAAAUUCAUCGGUGCCAUUGACCAUGAAAUUCAGAAAUUGUCCUCAAUCAACACCUAAUUCAGAAACUUCUUCAAACGAUGAAGUGCAAGAAUCUCUGGUUUUCCACCCGAGCAUGACAUUCCUUCUUGGUUGUCCCUUGGCUUUUGUUUUGAUUCAUCGGAAAUUUCACGGCUACGAAGCUGAACCACUGGAAUGCAAUCAAUUAUUCAACAUCUACUACUCGAUAGAUGCAUGUGGUGCCCGGCUGGAACCAGUAUUAAAUCCUCAGCUUGCGAUGCUUUUACCCGUCGACAUGCCUCGUUACAGUGGUACUGCUGAUGCUGUUGAGAAUAAUGAUGGUAUACUUGAUUCAUCAUUACUUUGGGGUAACCAUCGUAUUGAUCACAUACUGCAUUCUCCGCACGCUAUGAUUACUUUGCCGUCAUCAGCUCUUCCCAAUGUUCUCCAUGCUUCGUAUUGGGAAAGUGAUGAUGUAGCUGCUUUUAUCCUCAAGCGAUUUUUACAGUGCGAAGGUGUGCGUCCGAUAAAUUUGGCUAGCAUUACAAAAAUUCCAUCAGAAAUUAAGCUUGGUCCUGCAAUAUGGAACAAGAAAAGAACUAAAUAUAAGAUUGCUAAUUUGGCACCGAGUUUCAGCGGUAAUGACGUAAUUUGCGUAGAAGGAACUGAGCAAGUUAUCCAUGCACGGUUUUGUUAUGGACCAAUGGACUUAGUUGCUUUAAGCCGUGAGAAUAUUUCCGUUUAUAUACGGCCCACAGGAGGUGAUUGGCAGUUAGUUAAAACAGAUAUUACUGAUUCCCAUGGCAAAAUUACAUUUGAGCUUAAAAAGCGAUUGUCAGUUGGAAUACACUAUGUGAAAUUAAUUGUGCAUGGAGAUCAUUCUUUUCUGGAUUUGUAUGUUGCUGUGGCACCAGUCGGAGAACAAUUCGUAGUGUUUAGUGUUGAUGGAUCACUUACUGCUUCAGUAUCGGUUACGGGACGUGAUCCACGAGUUCGACCAGGAGUUGUUGAUGUGGUACGAUAUUGGCAUGAUUUGGGCUACACCAUUAUCUAUAUCACUGCCAGACCUGACAUGCAACAUAAAGUUGUAGCUUUGUGGCUUGCACUUCAUAACUUUCCUCAUGGUCUCCUCAUUUUUACUCCAUCAUUUUCGACAGAUCCUCUCAGGCAGAAAGUGCUUCAUUUGAAAAACUAUUUGGAGAUGGGUUUAUUCAUUACUGCAGCUUACGGAAGCAGUAAAGAUGUAUCGGUUUAUAGUAGUGCAGGAGUGAAACCGAAUCGAAUAUUUUCGGUAACUGGGGGGAAACGAGGAUGUACAAAUAUCAAUUGUUAUGCUUCGCAUUUGAAGGAUCUCAACGAAGGAUUAUACGACUUCGCAAAACCAUUUGAUUCAUCGUUAAUUUUCCCUCAAACAAAUUCAUCUAACAUUCUCAAUCGCAGAAAUUUGAUACGACGUACAAAUUCAUUCAACCCCCGAAGUGGGCGACAGUUAUCCGAAAAGAGCAGGUUGCUAUAA